AUGGUUUCCAUACAUGCAUGUGACAGACAGUCAAACCUAAGAAAACCACCCAGGAGUAAUGCUACGCUGAAUCACGCCUUCCCAAGAUGUUCAACUGUGAAGAAGCUGUUUGAUGGGUAUGAUGAUUUAGUCACUGGGUUCAACUUUUUCCUAUCGGCUAAGAAGAAGCCUGUCGUCGCUUCGUCAGAGGCGUACAAUAGCACGGUGGAAUAUCAAACUCCGACUUCAUCGUGGACGACACAAAUCGAGUUUGUAAAAAAGGUUCAAAAGCAUUUCAGAGAUGAUGUUCGGAGAAAUAAAUUGUUUCUUGAUGUUUUGGGUAUGUGGCGAUUUGGGGACAGGGUCAUUGAUCGGCUCGAUCAAGAGGUUGCUGGUGUGUUUAAAGAGCUCCCAAAUAUGUACAUGCAGUUCAAGGGGUUUUAUGGUGAUUUUUCAGAGGAGAAAUUGAAUGAUAGGGAGCGAAUCGACAGGAAUUAA